AUGCGGGCGCAGAAGCGGAGCAUCCUCGAGUUGCGCACGGUGAGGCGGGCCCGGCUGAUCGCGCUGAUCACUGCGUCGUUCCACCACAACCGUUGCGAGGCGAGAGACGAGGUCGAGCUGUGCGAGAAGGCGGUGCCGGCGGCGAGGACCUUCGAGGAGGAGAUCUGGAAAGCUGUCGACCGCCGGAUCCUUGCGCCGAGCAGAUUGGCGGCCAGUGCUGCGGCGUUGCGAGUGGGCGUGUACGAGCCGUCCGCGCUACAGAGCGCCCUGGCCGAGCACGGCAAGGCCUUAAACAAGGUCCUCGAGCGGCUGAUCAGCCAGCUGCCCGCGGCUAAAGAGGGCGCGAGGGGACUGAACGUGCCCAACUUGCUCAUGCACAUCCGGCGCCAGCUAACGCUCGCGGCGCCGACACGGCCCGACGGCACGCUCCAAGAGGGGGCCGCCCGCAGCUGUGAGGCGCUGAUGACGCUGCCCGGCUUUUCCGAGCGCGCUGUCGAGGCGUACACGGAGUGCUUCACCUCGGGCUGGCUGCCGCCCGCACUCUUCGCGCAGCUCCUCACGCACCACUUGCACGAGAGUGUGCCUGCGUUGCUGAGGCAGCCCUCGCACCGGCUCGAGUGGUGCUUGCUCGGCGUGCAGCAGGUGGCGCGCGCACUGCAGGGGGCGGCGGCCUCGCAGCGGAAUGCGCGGCACGAUUCGGGGGGCCGCAGCGGGAUGCCGCCGCCACUGGCGCAGCAGCUGCUCGCACAGCAGAAGCGGGAACGGUCGCAGAUGGCGCAACGGCACCAGCUGCAGCAGGCCAUUGCGCAGGCUGUCGACGCCACGGGGCAAGAGGAGUUGCUGUGGCGGAGCGCGCUCAUCGCGCUCAAGUGCGAGCGGGAUGGCACGCCCCCUCUAAAGUUCCAGGCGGGUGUCACCAAGAUCCAGGGAUGGGUGGAGCGGGCGCGGCGGAAGAAGGCGGAGGCGGAGGAGCGGAAGCUCCAGGCAGGCGCCGAGGAGGAGCCCCAGCCGUCUCAGCUGCAGCGCCGGCACUCCCACUCGGGAAGGUUCAUGGGGUUCGAGCCUGCGGCGUCGGCGAGACUGCCCGAUCCGCACCAGGCCAAGGCUCGCCUGCCCUCUCGCGGCUGGGGCGAAUGCGAUGUCGAUGAGGGGCACGCCAUCUUUGCCAAGCGCGCGCGCACGGCGGUGCACCGCCUCGGCCACAACGACAGCUGGUCGGAGGGCAGCGCCUCCCGCUGGACGUCUUCGACGACGGGCGCAGCUGGGCCCGCGCCCGACCAGCCGCCGCCGGAGCAGCGGCCACGGUCGCAGCCGGCCGGGAGCCUCGUGGAGGGCCUCGAGUACGCGCAGGUGCGGCUGCGGCUCCGCGGCGCAAAGCGCGCGCGGCAGCUCAGCGAGGCGCUCACCAGGCGCAACUCCGGGCCGGCCGUCGUGGGCGAAGAGGUCGUCGGCCGAUCGAUCGAGGUUUACUGGCCGCUGGACGCCUCGUGGUACGCAGCGCAGGUCAUCUGCUCCAAGUCCAACGGGAGGCACCAGCUUCUUUACUCCGAUGGCACGCGCGAGACCGUGCAGCUCGCCAAGGAGCGGUGGCGCUGGCUGCAGGAGGCGGCGGCUGCUCCUCCCGGCGAGGGCACGGCUAUGAGCCGGCGCGACAGCGUCGAUCUCCUCGGCCAGCCGGGCGUGGCGCUCGAGGCGGCUGUGCAGGAGGAGGAGGCGGGCGUUCGGGCUGCGGGGCUGAAGCGGCCGGCAUCACCUCUCCAGCGGCCGAGGCCGAAGCGGUCGAGCGGCGACCUCUCACCCACCACGACAACCAACCAACCGUGCGAUGGGGCCUUGUCGGUGCCCCCUCCUCCCAUCGCCGAGCCGGUCACGACGCCGCCGCCGCCGCCGCUCGCGCCGACCGCUGUGCCGCCUCCUGGCGACGGCGAGGACUCUUCCUCGGAGGACGACUUGCCGCUCUCUCGCCGCUCGAGCGCGGUGUGGGGCGGCGCGGGCACGGCGUCAACCCGCCACACUUUCCACGGACUCCGGCACCGUGGCCACGGUGCCGCAGUGGCAACCACAGCGCCGCAUCUUCCUUGA